GGCUGGGUGAAGCGCAGGCCAUUGGUUGCCUCGCUCAUUGCCCUGGCUAUUGUCGCAGCUAUCGCCGUCGGCGUGGCGCUGGGCGUGGUGCUUGGGAACAAGUCGGACGCAACCAAGAAUGGCAGCUCCGCAUCGCCGGACAACAACGCGGCACAGGGCAGCACAGGCAGCAACGGUGGCGUGGCCAGCAACGGCACCUCGACUAGCACGAAUGGCUCCACGACUGCAAAGGCUGUCACACCUCUGCCCGCUUGGAACCUGACGGACCCAAACACAAAGAUGAUUGGCGUCUCCCUCGGCAACUGGCUCGUCCUCGAGCGGUGGAUGGACGAGGACUGGAUGACGUCGACGGGCGGCGACGAUGCCUGGGACGAGUGGACCUUCACCCAGAACCUCGGUGCCGACAAGGCAAAGGCUGCGCUGACCGACCACUGGAACUCGUGGGUGACCGAGGCCGAGAUCGACACGCUCAAGUCUGUCGGCAUCAACACUGUCCGGAUCCCCGUCGGCUACUGGGCCUUUGUCCCUGCUGCCUCGGGCGAGCCCUACGUCGCACAGGCCGGUCAGACGGACCAGAUCACAAAGAUGCUCGGCUGGCUCUACGACCGUGGCAUGUACGCCAUGAUUGACCUCCACGGCAUGCCUGGCUCGCAGAACGGAGACCAGUCAUCGGGCCACAACACGACGAACCAGCAGUGGUGGAGCGACACCAACCAGGGCUACUCGUACACGGUGCUCAACGCGACCAUCGAAUUCAUCAAGACGAACAAGUACUCGUCGGUGGUGCACAGCGUGUGCAGCGUCAACGAGCCGCAGAUCUACAGCGACUCGAACAAAAAGGCGAUUGCGACAAAGUGGUACGAGGCCAGCUACAAUAUGCUCAAGGCCGCGGGCCUCAUCUUUGUCUUCCACAAUGGCUUCGGACAGCCCGACGACUGGGUCGACUUUGCCACGGGCAAGGACCCCAAUUACAUUGCCUACAGCACCAACCCUUACCCCGGCUGGUUCCCCGCCAAGACGAACGCAGAUUCGAUUACCAGCGCCGUCUGCACGCUCGCCCAGCAGGCUGUGGGCUACCCCGUCCCGAUGAUCUACACCGAGUGGUCCGUUGUCAAUGGCGUCCAGACCGACUCGUUUGACCAAUCGUACUACAACACUCAGCUCAGCGCCUAUGGCUGGUCCGCCGGCUCGUCUUUCUGGAGCUUCAAGACCGUCCACUCCACCAACCGGGUUCUGGCCGAGACGAACAACGUCAUGGACAUGUACAGUCUCCUCACGCUCAUCUCGCAAGGUCUCGUGCAGAAGCCGUCGAACCCCAACGAGAGCGGGCUCGACAUGCUCAAGGGCCUCAACAACACGGGCUGCGGCGACAUUCCCACCGUCAAGUGGACCAACCCCUCG